AUGGCGACAGAUUUACAGUCUAUGGAAAUGGUCUUCCUCAAGCAGCUCAAAAGCCUGAGUAAAAUGCAACAACAUAUGUUUUUCUCACUACACAAUGCACACAAGGACAAAUGCAGCCCUGUCAUUGGAACGAUCAAAACCAAUGCAAUGCCAUUCGGUGCCAGGGGCUCAGAGGGUGCCAUUUUCCCCAGUGCAGCACGGAUUAAUCACUCAUGCAAACCGAAUUCCCAAAACACAUGGAAUCGGAACCUAGAAAGACUUACGAUCCAUUCAUUUAAAGAUAUCGAAGAAGGCGAGGAGCUCACCAUCGCCUACGUCGACGGGACAGAAUUAUACGACGAGCGCCAGGCAUAUUUUGAGGAAGCUUUUGGCUUCAGAUGUCAAUGUGAGGUCUGCGCUGUUCCCCGUGAAGAGUCCAGGAAGCGAGAUCGUCGACUGGAGGAAAUGGCCCGGCUUGACCAUGUGCUGGGCGAUGGGAGACGCAUGAUGUCCAAACCCGAGGAUUGCAUUCAAGACGCAUAUACCCUAUUCCGCAUACUGAUUGAUGAAGGCAUCGCCGGCUCCAGGAUUGCGAGGGUGUACAAUGAUGCGCUGCAGAUUUCGAUUGCGCACAGUGACCAGGCGCGAGCAAAAGUGUUUGCGCAGCGAGCGUAUGAGGGGAGGGUCCUAUUGGAGGGCGAAGAUAGCCCGGAGACAAUGAGGUUAAAAGCAAUAGCGGACAAUCCUGCUGGCCACGGGCUGUUUGGGUCAACGAAAAAAUGGGAGCAAUCUGUCGAGGCGAUACCGGGGGAUCUGAAUAAGCCCGAUUUCGAAGAUUGGCUGUGGAAGCAGAAGAGUUGGAAGGCAUGA